UGUUUGCAUUCUGCUGGGCCCUCACAGGAUAUGUUACAAAUGAAUCCACUGCUUUGCAGCUAGCCGGAAUUAACAGAUUGUAAAGGGGGGGGGGGGAAGGGACCGGCAAUAAUGCCAGGUUCAGCAGCUGCUCUCCGGCAAGAGUGGCUGAAGAAGCCAGGUGUGAGGCCAAAUACACCUGUUCUGUUUACCAUUAAUGAGGAGGACGAGCAUCAAAAGAGCAACCAUUCCAAGAGAUUAAAAGUAUCUGAAAACACUAAAGUACCAGAUAAAAAAGCUGUCUCGUCCAGCCGGCCCUCUUCUGCCCUUUUAGGGCAGGGCACUAAUCCUGCAGGACCCAAGACAGCAGCGAGAGAAGCUGCUUGGCUAGAAAAAGAGGAGAGAGCGAGGCAACAUUAUGAAAAACAUCUGGAGGAACGUAAAAAGAAAUUAGAAGAGCAGAGGCUAAAGGAAGAAAGAAGGCGAGCUGCAGUAGAAGAAAAACGGAAGCAGCGAAUAGAGGAGGACAAGGUAGGAGAAGUCCUUUACAGGAUCUUUGGGGCAAUAAGUUUCUAUAUGGAGCAGUGA